AUGCCUUUCCUCAAAGUCUCCGACGCUGUCACUCUCCACUACCUCAUUCCAAGUUGCCCUGAUCAGGAUCACCCAUAUUUGGAUUCCAACAAGCCAAUACUUCUGCUAUUACAUCCACGUCUUUUUGAUUCCUAUUUCUUUGCACCUCAAUGGCGCGACGCUCGACUUGCACGGGGAUACAAUCUCCUCGCGAUUGACCAUCAUUACCAUGGCAAGACGAAGGCCGUGCUAGACGAUAAGCCGUACGACUUUAUGAUGAUUGCAGCGGACUUACUGCAUGCCUUAGACAAACUCCAAGUGAAGAAGUGCCAUAUCUUUGGGAACAGUCUUGGAGCUUCCAUUGCGUUUCGGAUGUAUGCAUUGCGACCGCAGUUGGUCGAAAGUAUCAUUUCAUGUGGAAAGCAUCCGCCUGUCGAGACGGAAGAAAAUAAAGAACAGUUCCGCCUCCUGCGAGACGCGUGUUUAGACUAUGACGAUGAUGGGAACGACAGGCUGGCGUCUGAUGUGGUAUACGGACUGCAUUAUAUCUAUUUCGGAGAGGAGACUGGAGCAGAUGCCAUCAUCGAGGAAUGGGUGGCCACUUCAAACUUCCGUCCGUCAAACCGAAAACUCAUCAAUAAGAUAUUCUCUUCGCUUCUGGACAGAAUCCCGCUCCCCCCGGACCAAGUCGCUUCUAUUUCCUGUCCCGUUCUCAUCAUUCAUGGAGAGGCGGACGUACCGUAUCCGCCGUCUGUGGCGUAUGAUCUCUACGACUCGUUGCCGAAUGCACAGCGAGAAUUGGUUAUCAUUCCAGGUGCACCUCACUUCCUGAGUUGGACACAUGCGCAGGACGUCAACGAUGUUGUUGUACGUUUCCUUGAUCGCAUUACCGGCAUAGAUAGUGAGGCCAUCGGGCAACUUCCUAUCAUAUUUCAAAAGAAGAAGGCGUCUCUCUGGAAGAAACUUGUGACUUAA